GCGCUCCCGCCUCCUAGUGCGUUUGUUUGCUUGGCGUUGGUACCCUGUUUCUUGCGCUACUAGCAUCAUGGCAAUGACUUACAAGUUCAAGCUUCACCUUGGAUGAGCACUCACGUGUGAGGUGGCUUUAUGCUUAAGUAUUGGCCAAGCUCUCUUUGACACGAUCGUAUCCGUUCCUUAGCACUUCCCGCCAUGUUUAUGCUCCGCAACCUGAGCAAAUUUGUCUUUGGCGACAGUUCUAAGGAAACCAUCGUCGAAAUCUCGCAGGGCCAACUUUACCUCGUUCGACCACGAUCCGUCAAGGGCUACUCUGAGCUCAUUUUCAAGGACGCCGCAGCCACCAUCCGUCGCACAGGGCAGGAGUUCCAGUACCAGCUUGUUGUCCAGCGCGCAUACGAGGAAGGCGAGGAGGACUUACUUGCAGAAGAAGGCGGUGACGAAGCAACUCUUGACGCUCUUGCAGGCGACAAGGACGAGAAGACAUUCCUGCUUGACGAAGGACUUCAGUUCCGCGACGACGUACGCACCACCGGCGAGAAGAUCUUCGCUUGGCGCGAUCUCAGCGGCGACGUCGACGAUCUUUGGGAGUUUGUUUGCGACCCUUCUGUCAAGCCUGAGACUGCUGCUCUAUUCGAGCGCGUUGCCCUACAGUGCCAGUACGAACGCAAGUUCAGACGCAGCCACGAGCACGCAACCGAAGAGGACCUCGAGGCCCUAGCAUACUACGAAGAGCCCAUUCCAGACGCCAGCCCGGUCGCAAGCCCUACCAGCAAAGCUCUCGAAGCGCCCCCGACGGCCGAAGAGCUGUUCCCGAACACUACAAAAGAAGUCAUGGCUAGGAAGGCGGAAAGCAAGCCGGCGGUGCCGAAGCCAACAGAUGAGGAAGCAACUGCAGCACCGGAAUCUGCCGCGCAACCCAGGGCUUUGGACUUGCUGGCAGAGGAGAACGCUGAACUUCACCUGUUCGACUUCCCUACUGGUACAUUCAAGCUUCAGGACGCGAAUGUGACAGCCACCGUCACCGAGAUUGGCGAUUGGCAAUACUGGCUGCACAUCGUUGGUGAUGAGCGUGAGUGGCUGGGUCAGCCGAUUGUGGACGACAUCAAUCCUGUUUUCAACUACGAGUUCAAAUCGUUCAUCUUCAACCACUACCUCGAAGACGGGUCAGCUUACUCUUGGCUGUUGAGGUUCAAGGGCCAAGAGCAGCUGGAGAGCAUUCAGAACGGUGUCAUGCAAGCGCUGUGGGAGCACUUGAACCAGGUCAAGUGGCAGAAGGCAAAGGACACAGAUCGAGAAUACGUCCUCGAAGCAUUUCAAGACAUGACAAUGGACGAUGCUCCUGAAGAAGAUAGGGAAGAUGAAGAGGAAGAAGAGGAGUUUGAGGACGCCAACGACCAGCGCAGCGAACACUACGAUUCGGACGAGUCUGAAGACGACACUGAAACGGCCCCCAAGGAUGGCGACGAGAACUCGCAAUUGGCCGUUGGCUACAAGCACGACCGCUCGUUCGUUGUUCGCGGCAACAAAAUCGGUGUUUUCAAGCACACUGCGGACAACCAACUGCAGUUCUCGACUACCAUUUCUAACGUCAUGACACCCAAGGGCAAGGCUUUUAGCCCCAACAAGGUCAUGCUGCACCAGCAGGAUCAGGAUAUGAUCUUGCAGAACCUCGACAACCCCAACUCGUUGUACCGCAUGGACUUGGAAACCGGCAAGGUUGUCGAUGAGUGGAAGGUCCACGAUGACAUUCCAGUCAAGGUUUUCGCCCCGGAGAGCAAAUUCGCACAAAUGAGCGGAGAGCAGACUUUCUUGGGUCUCUCUGGCAAUGCACUCUACCGUGUAGAUCCUCGUCUGAACGGCAACAAGCUUGUUGAUGAUCAGCUCAAGCAGUACGUUACCAAAAACGCUUUUUCUGCUGCUGCAACCACCGAGAAGGGUCACAUCGCUGUCGCGUCCGAGAAAGGAGACAUUCGCCUGUUCGACCGCCUCGGCAUCAACGCGAAGACACUCAUUCCUGCCCUUGGUGACCCCAUCAUUGGCAUGGACGUGUCUGCCGACGGUCGAUGGGUGCUUGCCACUACACGAACCUACCUUCUUCUCAUUGAUGCGUUGCAGAAGGGUGGCAAGAAUGACGGCAAGCUUGGUUUCGAGAAGUCGUUCGCGAAGGACGACAAGCCACAGCCUCGCCGUCUUGCCUUGACCCCUGCUCACGUCGCACAGUUCCAGCACGAAACCAAGGCACCGAUCUCGUUUACCACAGCGCGAUUCAACACUGGUCUUGACGAUAAGGAGACUACCAUCAUCACUGCCACUGGUCCUUUCAUCGUCACAUGGAGCAUGAAGAAAGUUCUUGCAGGGCGCAGGGAUCCAUACAACAUUAAGCGUUACGCUGAAGAGGUCAAGGCCGAUAACUUCAAGUUCGGCUCUGACAAGAAUCUCAUCGUCGCUCUGCCCAAUGAGGUCGACAUGGUGGCUCGUCGGGCGUUGCAGAAGCCUACCCGUGAGAGUAUUGCUUUCCCUUCGCGCGUUGGUCAGCUGUCCACCCCUAGAAAGGCUGGUCGCGGCAGCUACCUGGGCCGCAACAAUAUCGUGAACAGCCCUUACUAGGCCAGCAAUCGUUCGCUGUGGGAUGAGACAGACCUAAUGCUAGUGAUUUUGAGCGAUUUUCCGGCGGUGAUUUGACUUUCACAGUAGUGUAGUUCCACCAGGAGGCGUGGGCGAUGCGUUUCCUA